UUUGGUGAGGUGGACAGGAGGGGACCUCGCGAGCAGACGCGCGCGCCAGCGACAGCAGCCCUCCCCGGCCUCUCGGGAGCCGUGGGGCAGAGGCUGCGGAGCCCCAGGAGGGUGAUUUCUGCCUUUGCAGGCCAGAGCCCUCAUGACUUCAGUGACCUGCUUCUGCCCCUCUAGGUCUAUCAGCCACAGUCUCUGCAAGUUUCCAAGAGCAGCAGAAAAUGAACACAUUGCAGGGUCUUGCUCUGUCGCCCAGGCUGGAGUGUAGAGACAUGAUCACAACUCACUGCAACCUCAAUCUCCCGGGCCCACACGAUCCUCUUGCCUCAGCCUCCCGCGUAGCUGGGACUACAGGCAGCAAAAUUUGGAUCUUGCUUGUUUUCAUCAGUCUAUUUCUGUCUCAUAAUUGGGGGCCAGUGUCAUUCAAAGAUGUGGCUGUGGAUUUCACCCAGGAGGAGUGGCAGCAACUGGACCCUGAUGAGAAGAUAGCAUACGGGGAUGUGAUGUUGGAGAACUACAGCCAUCUAGUUUCUGUGGGGUAUGAUUAUCACCAAGCCAAACAUCAUCAUGGAGUGGAGGUGAAGGAAGUGGAGCAGGGAGAGGAGCCAUGGAUAAUGGAAAGUGAAUUUCCAUGUCAACAUAGUCCAGCUUUCACAGCAUUGAAAAGAUCAUUGGCUGGUUGCUCUGACUGUUUCCGGCUAUGACGAUGUACCACUCGGGACCCUUUCUCUGGAUGUUUGCCAUCUAAUAUGUAUAAAAAGAUCAGAAAUAUGAAAAAAAGGUAACAGUGACAUUAACACUUGGUCUCAUCAUUAUCACACAAGUAGGCUUAUGCUGCCAAUUCCAUGGCAGAGUCUGAGUUAGUCCUGAAAUAAUUGAUUUUUAUAUUAUGAAGUUUAUUAACUUUUUUCCCUUAAAAAAAAAAGUCCUUGAGUCCCCUUCCUGUAUCCCUAUAUCCUAACGUCCUUUUCUCUUCUUUUCUCUUCAAAAUUUCUCUUCUUCCUAUUUCCGUCCCUUAACACUUUGUAAAUCUUGUCCUUUUAUGAACCAUAUCACCUGAACCUCUUUUAGGUUUUUUUUUUUUUUUUUGAGACGGAGUGUCGCUCUAUCACCCAGGCUGGAGUGCAGUGGCGUGAUCUCGGCUCACUGCCAGCUCUGCCCCCUGGGUUCAUGCUAUUGUCCUGCCUCAGCCUCCCAAGUAGCUGGGCUGCUUCCCCCACAAGAUUCAAAAACAAAAGAAAACUGGCUGACUCACCGGUGUUGCUUUUGGUGGUCAUUUUGCUGCUUUCUUCCUCACACUGUGAUUCAAGCUGUCUUCAAAGUCACUGCCUUCAUCAGCUAAUAAAGAGUCAGUAUUCCUGUGAGAAAGUACCGUUCUCUUUAAAUAUAACCACCCUAAUUCCCUCCAUAUAAAAGGCUAAUGAAUUAGUUUCUCUGUCUCUCACUGCAUCCCAUCUCCAUGAGAAAAACAUAUUCAGAAUUUAAGAAAAAAUGAGCUUAUUGUUAGUAGGAAGUUGGGACAAAGUCUUUUUUUUUUUUUUGAGACAGAGUUUCACUCCCGUCACCCAGGCUGGAGUGCAAUGGUGUGAUCACGGCUCACUGCAACCUCCACCUCCCAGGUUCAAGUGAUUCUCCUGCCUCAGUCUCCUGAGUAGCUGGGAUUACAGGUGCUUCACCAUGUUGGCCAGGCUGGUCUCAAACUCCUGACCUCAGGUGAUCCACCUGCCUUGGCCUCCCAAAGUGUUGGGAUUACAGGCGUGAGCCACCACACCCGGCCAGGACAAAGUCUUAAAGGAAAACUUUCACAUGAAAGCAGUGGAGACGAAGAAUGAGGAAAUGAGGCACGGGAAGGACAACCCUUCCUAGUAUUCUCUCCGAAGAAGAGAAUCAAAUGCUACUCACUUAGCGGGUAGAGAGAUGACUGCUCUUUGUAGAGAAAAACAAUCAUGGCCCAGGAAGUCAUUCAUCACUCAUCCAUAAAUGGGAGAGUAAUAUGGACCUAGAGUUAAAUUUCACCCCGUGAAACAUCAACCACAUGUCAUAUCAAUUCAAGUGUGUAACAUUGAUAUAAUCGGGUACACCACAGCAGCACUGACAGAAACAGAAAUGAUUCAGAGAAAGCCAAUUAAAACAGCCAGGGGACAAAGCAGAUCUGUAUGACAUUAGCUUUUUUCCUUCUGGAAAGAUAAAAAACCAAGAUAUAUUAUUAUAACCUACACAAAAUAACCUCAUGUGGUAAUAAAUAAGGAUACACAGACCUGUUUACAAAAUCCCCAAGUAGAAGAACUAGGGGACACCAGAUAAAAAGUUUAUACAAUUUACCAGGCAACAAGUAAAGAACUCUUUACUCACCCAUCUGCCACCUCCCAGCCCCCACCAGGGGUUGUACAUGCUGAACACAGAAAUGUGUUUAAGAGAGGUUUAGACACGAUGGAGGAUGGAUUAAAAACAGGAUGUGCUUGAACCCGGAAGGCAGAGGUUGCAGUGAGCCAAGAUCACACCACUGCACUCCAGCCUGGGCGACAGGGCAAGACUCCAUCUCAUACAAACAAACAAACAAACAAAAAAUAGGAUGUACUACUAUUUUGAUGUCUACAACAUCUAGGACCGCCAAAAAAAAAAACACCUGGAGCUGGAGGGAGGGUGUCACUGUGCUGAACGAGUACAGCACUUCUGGUGUUUUCACACAGUCCCACGCAUAUUAUCAUCAAUGUGGGAAAACGAGAGGGGGAAGGCUGCCAGGGACACAGGAAGUGGCCGCACAAUGCAACAUCUGCUUACCCUCUGAGGGAUGGUUUGAGUCUCUGUCAUCGAAGGGUAGACUGGCAGAGGAACUAGAAGAUGCAGACAAGGCCCUCUUGGUACCUCCCGCAGCUCUCUGCAGUGGGGAAGACAUGCUUGGCGAGGAGGAGCUAUGGGGCCAGGAAGACGAGGACCGCAGGGUAGGUUUGGCAAUCCAGCUGGGGAAGAAAGAGAAGAAAGGGCUCCUACCACAGCACUUCUCCAUCCCCAGCCGUGACCAGUCCCUCUCUUUGCAAGGGAAUGGUUCUAGAACUCUGGGGUCGGGUGAGGGGGACCAAAAACUAAGACAAAGGCUGGGCACCGUGGCUCAUGCCUAUAAUCCCAGCACUUUGGGAGGCCAGGGCAGGAGGAUGGCUUGAGCCCAGGAGUUCAAGACCAACCUGGGCUAUAGAGCAAGACCCCAUUUCUACAAAAACAAUAAUACUAAUUAGCCAGGUGUGGUAGCACGUGCCUGUAUUCAGCUAUUCAGGAGGCUGAGGUGGGAGGACUGCUUGAGUCCAGGAGUUCAAGGCUGCAGUGAGCUAUGAUCGCACCACUGUACUCCAGCCUGGGUGACAAAGUGAGACUCUGUCUCAAAAAAUAAAAAUUAAAAAAAAUGAAAGAAAAGAAGACAUUAUGGGAUGCAAGUCUGCAAAGCCUUAACUACAAACUAAAGAAACCAAAAGGAAAAGGAAGACUUUAAAAUACAGGAGUAGAACCAUCUCAUUUUCCCCAUAGUCCAAUAGGUCCCUGCAAUUGAUCCCCAAAUGCUUAAAACAAGGCCGGGCGCGGUGGCUCACGCCUGUAAUCCCAGCACUUUGGGAGGCCCAGGGAGGUGAAUCACUUGAGGUCAGGAGUUUGAGAUCAGCCUGGCCAACAUGGUGAAACCCCGUCUCUACUAAAAGUACAAAAAUUAGCCAGGUGUGGUGUGAGUGCCUAUAAUCCCAGCUACUCGGGAGGCUGAGGCAGGAGAAUCGCUUGAACUUGGGAGGUGGAGGUUGCAGUGAGCAGAGAUCAUGCCACUGCACUCCAGCCUGGGCGACAAGACUGAUAUUGUCACUGUCUCCCCCUUGCUAACCUCCUAGGUGCUUAGGAUAAAACGUCAAAUAUUUAACAUGGCUUCACAGACAUCUUGUAUCAUUUGGCCCCUGGCUACCUUACCUCACCCAAUUUCCUCCUUUGCUCUGUACUCUAGCUACACUGUCCGAGGAGUUCCUAAAACCUCACGCUGGGUCCGACCACAGGAUCUUCACAUGUGCUGCUCCCUCUAUCUGCAUCGCUCUUCCCUCUUCUCUUGUUUGCUUAACUCCUAUUUACCCUCGGGCUUAAUCAGCACUUUCUCACCUCUCCUAGUCUGUUGCUCUUAUUUAAGAUCAAACAGCAGAGAAAUGUGAAGUCCACUGACUUCUGGGUGGAACCGGGUUCAGUAUGCCAAUUAAAUUAUUGGGUGCUGGCUGGGCACGAUGGCUCACACCUGUAAUCCCAGCACUUUGGAAGGGCAAGGCGGGUAGAUCACUUGAGGUCAGGAGUUUGAGAGGACAACAUGAUGAAACUCCAUCUCUACUGAAACACAAAAAUUAGCUGGGCUUGGUGGUGGGCACCUGUAAUCCCAGCUACUCAGGAGGCUGAGGCAGGAGAAUCACUUGGACGCAGGAGGGGGAGGGUGCAGUGAGCCGAGAUCGCACCACUGUACUCUAGCCUGAGCGACAGGGUGACUCCAUCUCAAAAAAAAAAAACAAAAAAAAAUUAGGUGCUGACUGAAAAUAAAUUUGAAAGCAAGGUGUGUGACAGGGAAGGCUACUACCUGUGUAAUAUUCUCUUACUUAAUGAUUAGUCCUGAGUCAUAUUUCCAACCUCUCUUAACCAGCCUGUAUUUGUACAUUGUUUGUGUACAAGCUUGCUAAUUUCCACAAAUGACAGUAGGUUGUCUGCUCCAAUAGGGCCAAAAAUGCACCUACUGGAUUCAAAGCUCAGUAAGGGCCAGGUGCAGUGGCUCACGCCUGUAAUCUCAGCACUUUGGGAGGCCGAGGUGGGCAGAUCACCUGAGGUCAGGAGUUCGAGACCAGCCUGGCCAACAUGGUGAAACCCCAUCUCUACUAAAAAUACAAAAAUUAGCCAGGCGUGGUGGCGGGCGCCUGUAAUCCCAGCUACUCGGGAGGCUGAGGCAGGAGAAUCACUUGAACCGGGGAGGUGGAGGUUGCAGUGAGCCGAGAUCACGCCAUUGUACACCAGCCUGGGCAACAAGAGUGAAACUCCAUUUCCAAAAAAAUAGUAUCAGCCGGGCAUGGUGGCUCUUGCCUGUAAUCCCAGCAUUUUGGGAGGCCAUGGUGGGCAGAUCGCUUGAGCCCGGGAGGUUGAGGCUGCAGUGAGCUAUAAUCGCACCAUUGCACUCCAGCCUGGGUGACAGAGAGAGACCCUGUCUCAAAAAAGAAAAAAAAAUGUCUACUAAGACCUCCACUCCCUAUAAUGGCACAUUAAGUAUCUCCAACCAACCCACUCAGUGAGUAAGAUAGGAAAGCUGGUCAAAUGUAUUUUUUAAAAUCUUAAGCCAUUGUAAUGUUGAGGAGGUAGUGAAGAAUGAUGAGGCUACAGCCUGGGAGAAGAACAAAAAAUCUGGAGAGGUGAGCCCAGCAUUUCAAACUACUUUUUCCUGGAGUUGUCUGCCAAUUUGGAAGAGGUGGAUGAAUGUCUAAAAGGCUGAGAAGGCUUUCAACAGCCUUGUUGGGCUAGGGAACAAUUAUUUGAAUACAGGACCUGCCAAGGCAAGGGGCCCUAUUAAAGUCUCUGCACUUUGGAGUGAAACCAAAAAAAAUGCUGCAUCCUAGGAAUCAGAAAUAGACCAGAAAGCCAGGCACAGUGGCUCACACCCAUAAUCCCAGCACUUUGAGGCCAAGGCGGGCAGAUCACUUGAGGUCAGGAGUUCCAGACCAGCCUGGCCAGCAUGGUGAAACCCUGUCUCUACUAAAAAUACAAAAAUUAGCCGGGCAUGGUGGUGCACACCUGUUGUCCCAGCUACUUGGGAGGCUGAGGUGUCACAAGAAUUCCUUGAACCCAGGAGGCGGAGGUUGCAGUGAGCCGAGAUCACACCACUGCACUCCAGCCUAGGUGACAGAACGACACUCUGUCUCAAAAAAGAAAAAAAAAAUAGAAAAGAAAGAAAUAGACCAGCCCUUCUGUGGACUAAAGUCCAGCUUCUAAUCAUCUCCGUUCCUGAAACUGAAUAAAAGUAAUCAUAGAUUCAUAGAUUGUUGGCACUCUCAAGCGCUAGCAAUGUAUAUCCUGGCAGAAGCCAAGGUAAAUUCUCUCCAGAGGCAGUUAAUAUAAUGCUAAAUUAAAAAUAAAUAUCAAGGUUUAAAGGUUAAAAAAAAUUAUUCCUCAAGAUAAACAGUAACUCUUCACUGUAAUAAAAAGUUAAAUUCACCAGGAAGAUAAAAGAAUUCUAAAUUUGCAUGUACCUAGUAAUAUUGUCUUAAAAUACAUAAAGCAAAAAUCAACAACUCUAUAAGACUAAAUAGCUAAACGAAAAAUAGUGGGAAAUUUUAACAUACUUUUCAACAGAAACUGAUAAAAUAGACAAAUAAUUAGUAAGGAUAUAGAAGAUUUGAACAACUUAAUCUAUGGACAUAUAUGGUCACAGUGACAUGAUGAAGCUGGCUUGUAUCCUCUCAUGAGAAACAAUUUUUAAAAUUUCAAGACUUUUGUGAACCAGCUGAUAUCGUGCUAGUAGCUUGACAUUGACCACUAUGGGAAUAUUUAUAUAAUAGUAUGAUAGGCAAAUGCUACCAAUCACAGUUUUAUCCCCUUCCCCUCUGAAGCCAGUUAGUUUUUUUACUUUUUCUUUUUUUUGAUAGAGAUGGAAGUCUUGCUAUAUUGCCCAGGCUGAUCUUGAACCCCUGGACUCAAGCCAUCCUCCUGUCUCAGUCUCUCUAGUAGCUGGGACACCAUGUCUGGCCAGUUGUUAAGUUUUGUUUGUUUGUAUUUGAGACUGAGUCUUGCUCUAUCGCCCAGGCUGGAGUGCAGUGGUGCGAUCUCAGCUCACUACAACCUCCACCUCCUGGGUUCAAGCGAUUCUCCUGCCUCAGCUUCCCCAGUAGCUGGGAGCACAGACGUGUGCCACCACACCCAGCUAAUUUUUUUCUUUUGUUUUGUUUUGUAUUUUUAGUAGAGACGGGACUUCGUCACGUUGGCCAGGCUGGUCUUGAACUCCUGACCUCAGGUGAUCCACCUGCCUCAGCCUCCCAAAGCGUUGGGAUUAUAGGCAUGUGCCACCGCACCUGGCCAUGCUGCAUCUUCUUUGCCGUAAAUGGCCCCUUGGUCUGAAGAGAUGACAUAGGAGAUCCCUUCCCCACAAGUCAGAUGCAUUUUGCAAGCCCUUGAAUGAUGGUGCUGGCAGAGGUACUGCAGAUAGAAAAGGCCAGUCCAUUUCUGGUGUAGUACCAAUUAGAGUAAGACAAAUCAAUGCCCCCCUCUGGGAUGAAAGGCGGCCAGUGUAAUCAACUUACCCCCAAGAGGCUGACUGGGCUCUUCAAAGGAUCGCACUGUAUCAUGGGUCAUUCAGUUCAGGCAUUCAGUGGCAGCAGUAAAUACAUCAGCCUUGCUGAGAGUGAGCUCACGCCAUCAUGCCCAUGUGUAGCCUUCAGUCCUGCGCGUGGCCAUUCUGCUGAUGGACCAAUUGCACAAUCCCUGGAAUGGCUUGGGACAGACACUGUGUGACCUCCAUAGACAAGCUAUCUUUUUUGUUGUUUUGUUUUUUGAGACAAGGGCUCACUCUGUCACCCAAGCUGGAGGGCAGUGGUGUGAUAAUCACUUUUGGAGGCUGAGGCAGGAGGAUCACAUGAGCUCAGGAGUUCGAGACCAGCCUGGACAACAGAGCAAGACACCAUCUCUACAGAAAAUUUAAAAAUUAGCCAGGCGUAGGCCGGGCGCGGUGGCUCAUGCCUGUAAUCCCAGCACUUUGAGAGGCCGAGGCGGGCGGAUCACGAGGUCAGGAGAUUGAGACCAUCCUGGCUAACACGGUGAAACCCCGUCUCUACUGAAAAUACAAAAAAUUAGCUGGGCGUGGUGGUGGGCGCCUGUAGUCCCAGCUACUCAGGAGGUUGAGGCAGGAGAAUGGCGUGAACCCAGGAGGCAGAGCUUGCAGUGAGCUGAGAUUGCGCCACUGUACUCCAGCCUGGGCGACAGCGAGACUCCGUCUCAAAAAAAUAAAUAAAAUAAAAUAAAAUAAAAUAAAAAUUAGCCAGGCGUGGUGAUGUGCUCCUGUAGUCCCAGCUACUCAGGAGGCUGAGUUGGGAGGUUCACUUGAGCCCAGGAGGUUGAGGCUGCAGUGAGUUAUGAUUGCACCACUGCCCUCCAGCCUGGAUGACACAGCGAGACUCUGUCUCAAAAAUAAUAAUAAUAAAUAAACCAAUAAAUAAAAAGAAGUGUGGGGGCUUCAACCACAUUGGCCUCUGGGUUUUCAAAAACCUGUCACCCCAAGCCUUGGCCUUAUGGUGAGCAGGGCAGAUUUACAGGCCCGAGCUGCCUCAGAGGGCACAAGGAGCUAAAGGCUGAACUCCUCACCAAAGCAACUCAGACAAUGGAGGGUUAGCUCCCCUGCAACCUGGCAAAUCCACACUGUAAAUUAGGUCAAGUUUAUUGAGGUACAAUGUUCAUACGAUUAAAUCCACCCUUUUAAAGUAUAUGGUUCAAGUCCAGGCACAGUGGCUCACACCUGUAAUCCCAGGACUCUGUUUGAGACCAGCUUGGGCAACAUAGUGAGACCCCCAUCUCUACAAAAAAACAAAAACAAAAAAUACAAAAAUUAGCUGCGCAUGGUGGUGCGUGCCUGUAGUCCCAGCUACUCGGGAAGCUGAGAUGGGAGGAUUGCUUGAGGCUGAGAGGCAGAGGUUACAGUGAGCAGAGAUCGAGAGACUGCACUCCAGCGUGGGCGACAGAGUGAAACCCUGUCUAUGAAUAAAUAAAUAGAAGUAUAUGGUUAAAUAAGUUUGAUAAAUGUGGAUGGUUGUGUAGCUGCCACCACAAUUCAGAUAUAGAACAUUUUUGUCAUCCAAAUAUUAUGCAGAGAGGCCAGGUGCAGUGGAUCAUGCCUGUAAUCCCAGUGCUUUGGGAUUCUGGGGAUGGAAGGAUCACUGGAAGCCAGGAGUUUGAGACCAGCCUGGGCAAUACAGCAAGACAUCAUCUCUACAAUAAUAAUAAUAAUAAUAAAGUAAAAAUAGCCAGGUGUGGUGGUGCGCACCGAUAGUCCCAGCUAUUCAGGAGGCUGUGGCAGGAGGAUCACUGAAGCCCAGGAGUUUGAGGCUGCAAUGGGCUAUGGUCACGCCACUGUGCUCCAGUCUAGGCAACAGAGUGAGACGCCAUCUCAAAAGAAGGAAAGAAGGGAGGGAGGGAGGGAGGGAGGGGAAAAAAUAUCUAUUACCCAAGAAAGUUCCCUGAGGCCCUCCCAGGUCAGUCCCGUCCUCCUAUUUGGCCCAUGGCAACUGCUGAUCUGUUUUCCAUCCCUAUCAUUUUGGCUUUUCCAGAACAUCAAGUAAAUGGAACCAUUCAGGUUGUGGCCUUCUA